AUGGCCACCGGUAUUGUUAUUAACCAACAGGCUUUGUAUAACACAGGACUUUUCAAGGAAUGGUCACAUGAAGCAUUUAACAAUCUGAAUGACAUCGGUGUAAGUCAACAUGCAUCCCUUGGUACUGUUGCUCAAGAAAUGGGAAACGAUUUGCGUGAGAUCGAUCUGCAUAGUUACAUUGGUGUCUGUCGCAUCCAUAAUCAUUUCAAGUUAAAUUCGGAAGAGGUUAUCGAACUGUCGUUCGGAUCAUGUCUCAACGAUCGUCUGACGAAGGUGCAAACCGAUGCCGGUGUUGCUUAUCUGAAUCCUAUCCAAGUGAAAGGCGGAUCCGAAACUGUACCUAUUCCGUACAUGUGGGCAUUCGACAAGGUCACUCGACUAUUCUUUCCAGUGCAGUUUUUCGAUGGCUCCAAUGUUAUCAUGCGACAACGAUUCUUUGAGAUUGUGACCGAGAAGCGCGAUCAGUUGGUUGAUUUUCUACGUCGCUUCAUUGACCGAGUAAGCUCCAACAGUGUAGAAGAUGAUAUGGGCUUCUAUAUUCGCUAUGACAACUUGAUUAGUAGACAAGCUGGAGAGACUUUAGUUGAAGACACGUGUGUGGCUGAUCGCAAGCAGUGGAUUUUACCUACAACAAAGGAAGCCAUGCAACAGAGUCUGGCAGAAACGAGGAAAACUCACCCGACUGCAUUCACUAGUCAGACACAUUGGUACUUUGAUGACAAUUUGGGUGUCGGCACGGUUGAUUGUCAAUCCCAUUGCAUCAACCAUUGCAGCAGCCAUCCUAGAGGUGAAUAG